GUAUACAUAUACGCACAAAGUAGAGUGUGUUCCAAUAGAUUUCCAAGAAUUUGAGAAACCCAGCAAAACUCAGUUUUCCAGAGUGAGAGUUCUACACUCCUCUCUUCCAUUAUUCUUCCACUCCAGCCAUGUCUCUGGUUCAAGGCAAAUGGAUCAAGCUUGAUCAAAAGGGGACUGGUCCUGGUGCUAGAAGCUCACAUGCCAUUACCCUAGUAGGACAGAAGGCCUAUGUUUUCGGAGGCGAAUUCACGUCACGUGUCCCGGUAGACAACAAGCUCCAUGUGUUCGAUGUCAAGGAGCAGACAUGGUAUGUGACUGAAGGAACCGGGGAUGUCCCACUGCCACGUGUUGGUGUGACAUUGGUAGCUGUUGGAGAAAUUAUUUAUGUAUUUGGAGGUAGGGAACAUAAUGAGCUCAAUGAGCUCUAUUCCUUUGACACAUCCACACACAAGUGGACUCUAAUUUCAAGUGGGGACACCGGGCCCCCUCACCGGAGUUACCACUCAGUCACCUCCGAUGACCACCACAUAUACAUCUUCGGCGGAUGUGGUGUUGCCGGCCGCCUCAAUGAUCUAUGGGCCUACAAUGUCGUUGAUCAAAAGUGGAUCCAAUACCCAAAUCCGGGUGACAACUUGAAGGGGAGGGGUGGGGCGGGCCUGCUAGAGGUCCAAGGAAAAAUAUGGGUUGUGUAUGGCUUCGCUGGAGAGGAAGUGGAUGAUGUACAUAUCUUUGAUCCAGCCCAUGGUGAGUGGGCCCAAGUUGAGACAAAUGGCGAGAAACCAACGGCUCGGAGUGUAUUUUCUACCGUAGCAAUCGGUAAAUACAUAAUCAUAUACGGUGGUGAAGUGGACCCUAGUGACUUGGGCCACUUGGGUGCUGGGAAAUUUGUUGCGGAGGUUUAUGCACUGGACACAGAAACAUUGUUGUGGAAGAAGUGGGAUGAUGGCCUGGGCUCAAGCCAUCAUCCCGGCCCUCGCGGGUGGUGUGCGUUUGCCCGCGGGCAAUGGGAGGGGAAAGAGGGCCUUUUGGUGUAUGGUGGGAAUUCACCAACUAAUGAUCGACUUGGUGAUAUUCAUUUCUUCACUCCUUACUUGGAAAAUGGUAAGUGAUUGGAUUAGACAUGUGAUGUAUGAAAGUGAUGGUGAUAGUGUCAUGUGCUGGAAAUAUGGAAUUAUGGGUUGUGUUUAAGUAAGUUUGUAAUAAGAUCUAGACAUGACAUUGUGUUUGUGGGAAUGAGGUUGUAUUUGGUUUUUAAUUUUCUCUUUGGUAGUGUGGUUUGUUUUUCUUUGAUGUAAUAUAGAUCUGUAGAGAAUCUCGUACGAAUGAGUAAAUAAUUACUUAA